AAACAAACUAUAAUGCUGAUGUGGCAUCCGCUUCUCAUUUAAACGGAUCAAAAACUGAGACACCAAAGUACGUUCCAUGCCAGAUCGCCAACAAAGAAGCCAUCCAAAGCAAGAUUUCUCUCGCGCGUUUUUUUUCUGUUUGCUUAUCCAGAAACUAAAGGAAAAUGCAAGAAAAAGCUACUAGGGACCCCGCCAUCAAGCUCUUUGGCAGGAAAAUACCUCUGAAGACCGAAGGUCACCCUCCGCCGAUCUCCUCCGAGGACUUGCCUCCCUUGGAGAGAGUAGAAGAAGAACAACAUGAGAAGAAGGCAGAGAAGGAUUUUGCAGAAGGAGCAGAAGAAGAUGAUACUCCACUGCAGGAUACAGAGGAGUCUGCAGAUCCAGAAACAUCACCAGAGACUAAUGUGAAUCCCAAAACACCCUCUAUCAAUGAAGAAUCUGCAAAAUCAAUGACUUCCAAAACAGAGAAGGAAACUCAAGAGAAAACCCUCAAGAAGCCUGACAAAAUACUUCCAUGCCCGCGGUGCAAUAGCAUGGAUACCAAAUUUUGUUACUACAACAAUUACAAUAUCAACCAACCACGCCAUUUCUGCAAAGCCUGUCAAAGAUAUUGGACUGCUGGUGGUUCCAUGAGAAAUGUCCCAGUGGGAGCUGGACGUCGCAAGAAUAAGAACUCUGCCUCUCAUUAUCGUCACAUAACCAUUUCUGAGGUGCUGCAAGCUGCUGGUAUUGAAGCUCCUAAUGGAGAACACAACGCACUGAAAACUAAUGGUAGAGUCCUUAGCUUUGGCUUGGAUGCACCAGUAUGUGAUUCCAUGGCUUCUGUAUUAAAUCUUGCUGAUAAGAAGGUUUUGAAUGGCACUCGAAAUGGCUUUCAUAAUUUUGAAGAACGGAGGAUUCCAGUUCCCUUCGAAGGUAGAGAAAAUGGUGAUGAUUGUUCAAGUGGAUCUUCUGUGACCGUUUCCAAUUCAAUGGAGGAAGGAGGCAGGACUUGCUCGCAAGAACCUUUUAUACAAAGCAUCAAUGCCUUUGCUUCUCCAAUCCCAUGUCUCCCUAGUGUUCCUUGGUCCUAUCCUUGGAAUUCUGCAUUGCCCCCUCCAGCUUUUUGUCCACCAGGAUUUCCUAUGUCAUUUUAUCCUCCCUUUUGGAAUUGUGCAAUUGCUGGUGGUUGGAACAUCCCUUUGUUGUCUUCGCCUUCAUCUUCUUCAUCAAAUCAAAAGGCUUCAUGUGGUCCUAAUUCUUCUUUGGGAAAGCACUCGAGAGAUGGGGACACGCUUAAAUCAGAUGAUUUGGAGAAAGAAGAGCAGCCAUCAAAGCAUAAAAAUGGAUGUGUUUUAGUUCCCAAAAUUCUAAGGAUUGAUGACCCAACUGAAGCUGCAAAAAGUUCUAUAUGGGCAACUCUUGGAAUCAAGAAUGAGUCCUUCCCUGGGGGAGGACUGUUCAAGGCCUUCCAACCAAAGACUGAUGACAAGAAACUUGUUUCUGAAGCCUCUCCGGUAUUGCUGGCAAACCCUGCUGCUUUGUCUCGAUCCAUCAACUUUCAUGAAAACUCUUGAAGUGGUGGCAUGUAGACCAUAAGAGCCAGGUUGAAUUCAACUCACUGGUAUGCGAUUGCUUCGCUUACUGUGAUCCUGAAUGGAUUAUUUUAAUCACCGUUUCAUUGCAAACAAAGUUAGCAAGCUAACUGACUGAGACAAAAGAGUAGAGGGAAAAAUUUUGAGGAACGUCUAGUGUGACUAAUUUUCUUCUUGUGACAUACGAGCAGAUGCCUCUUGUUUUACUUGGGUUUGCGGGAUUGGUGUUCAUGUAAAUAUCUCUAUAUAUGUGAUAUACUGGACUAUUAUUGGAGAAAAAUCCUUAGAUGUAGCAAAAAUCUUUAGAAGAACUGUACUAAAGGCUUUCAUACUAUAGCUAGAAAAUGGGAUCUUUUUCCUCGAUUUUCUUUGCUGUUCUGUACGAUAAGCAAUGUAUUUCAGGCUCUCUUUAUUUCUGUUCUA